AUGGGGCAUGGAAAAGUAGAGCUGAAGAAGAUUGAGAAUCCAACAAACCGCCAAGUUACCUUCUCCAAGAGGCGGAUGGGGUUGUUCAAGAAGGCAAAUGAGGUAUCCAUUCUUUGUGAUGCGCAAAUCAGAGUCAUCAUAUUCUCUGGCAGUGGUAGGAUGUACGAGUACUCCAGCCCUCCAUGGAGAAUAGCAAGCGUCUUUGAUAGGUACCUGAAAGCCCCUAGCACCCAUUUCGAGGAGAUGGACAUCCAGCAGAAAAUCAUCCAGGAGAUGACUAGGAUGAAGGAUGAGAGGAACAGUCUGAGGAUGAUCAUGGCGCGGUACAUGGCGGAGGACCUGGCCUCAUUCUCCGUGCAGGAUCUGAGCAACCUUGAGCAGCAGAUCGAGUUUUCGCUAUACAAAGUUCACCUCAGGAAGCAAGAGCUACUCGACCAGCAGCUGCUCGAGAUCCGCCAAAGGGAGAUGCACAUGCCAGCAGAGCAGGGCGGCUACUUGUGCCUCAUGAAACAGCCACUGAAGUGUUGGGAAGCCCUGGAACUGCUCCACCACGUGGCCGCUCCUCAUACUGGUGCUCCUCAACUGCAUCAAGAGGGCAUCUUGGGGAAGAAGCAUGGUGCCACCAAGAGCGUUGUUGUUCGUAUGUUCCGCGUUGUUGUCCAGUGUGUAGAGGAUCUCAAGCUAUCAGGUUGGCUCUGA